UUGGCACUUGUUAUUCAUUUUACUAAAAUGGGUUACGGUUAUGCAUUGAAAAAUGCUCGUUAGGAUUUGAUUUCACUAGUCCCUCGCGUUUACAUCAUUUUCAUUGUUUAUUAAUGUUCGGUACAUUCUUAUUUCUUCACUAUACCUGUGGACAUAUACAAUAACUAAGGAUAUUUUAAUAUUUUAUUGGUUACGAUACAACAUCAUCUCGUCAAAUACAAUGAAAUUAUUAUUAAUCGACAGUAAAUAAUAUAUAGUUCAUACAAACAUUAUAUUGAACCAUUACAGAAAGGGUCAUAAAACAUAUUGCUAUUCUGAUUUUUUAUUUUUAUUUUUUUUUUUAAAACCUGCCCUUGGGCCUUUUCUUGAUAGCAGAAGGGGAUAAACCCUAACACAAGGUUAGCACUUAGCAGUUUGAAGAAGUGGUGGAUGCAGAAAAAGGUAUCUAAGUUGUUGCCAUUGAUUUUCAAUUAGGUUUAAUCACAAUAUUCGAUUAUGCUAAAACAGUUUCACACCUCAAAGCCACAAUCUUUACUAGCAGUAUGCCACCCAACGCACAAUUUCAAUUUUAGCUUGAAAUGCUUUAGCAAGAAAACCCAAACCCAUGAUUUAAAUCGGUAUGGAUCUUUAAUCUUUUUCAUCAUUAAACCCCCUUGGAACUUGGGAAUAUCUAUGAAUUUUUCAUGUGUAGAGUUUCGCCCGAAAUCUCACCAUUCAAUUACUGCUAGAAGUUUUUCAACUUCGGGCAGUGAAAAGAGUCUUCCUUGGCUUGCAAAAGAUAAAGCCAAACAAGCUAAAAGGCCUGAAAAGGUGGUUGCAAACCGGUCUUCUUGGGAGGAAUCGGCUGACAAGUUGUUUAAAGGCGGUGUUUCGAGUGUAGAAUUUAAGGAUUAUAGUGGAGAAGAAAAAGAAGAAGAAGAUGAAAUGGAUGAUCCGAGAUGGGAUAAGAUUAAGAGCAGGUUCAAUCGAGUUAAAGUAAGACCGGGUGGAUCGGAUAGGCCAGAGGUUAGAAGGUGGAACAAUCAAGAUAGUUGGGGUAAAAAGACAUGGAAGGAGGCGACGGAAUCAACCCUACCAAGAAUGGUUGGUGAGGGAAUUUAUGGUGUUGGACCUGUUUUAGCUGCAUUGUCAUCUGGAAGAAGGGAACUUUAUGGUUUGUAUAUUCAGCAAGGGUUGGAUCUGAGUGGGAAUAACAGGAAGAAGAAGGAUAAGAAAGGUUUUGAGAGAGUUUUGACGAUGGCGGAUAAAGCUGGAUUAGGGAAAAAGGAAGUAUCUAAACAUGACCUAAAUAUGAUUACUGAUAACAGGCCCCAUCAGGGACUGGUCCUCGAUGCUUCUCCAUUGGAAAUGGUUGCCAUCAAGGAAUUGGAACCUGUUUCAAUUGAGGAACAAGAGACUACUUCCCUUUGGGUUGCUUUGGAUGAGGUUACUGAUCCUCAGAACUUGGGUGCAAUCAUACGGUCUGCUUACUUUUUCGGAGCUUCUGGGAUUGUCUUAUGUGCUAAGAACUCUGCACCGCUGAGUGGGGUAGUGAGCAAAGCAAGUGCGGGCUCACUUGAAUUGAUGGAGCUGAGGUCUUGCAAGAAUAUGAUGCAAUUCCUUGCUUCUUCGGCAGAAAAUGGAUGGCGGGUCCUAGGCGGUUCCGUUUCUUCAAGAGCUGUUCCAUUGCAUGAGAUUGUGCCUGGUGCUCCUACAAUCCUUGUUUUGGGAAGUGAGGGAACUGGUCUGAGGCCAUUGGUGGAGCGGUCAUGUACUGAAUUAGUUAGAAUUCCGGGAAAUAUCCCCGUGGAUAUAAUUGCUGGACAAGAUGAGGAUGCUGAGUGUGAUAAUAGUAUUUCAGGCCAGAAUUUUAAAUCCUUUAUGGCUGUGGAAAGCUUGAAUGUAAGUGUUGCAGCAGGUGUGCUUCUUCAUCACUUGAUUGGUAGCAAAAACAACUAAAGCUAAUGUAAUUUUGCGACGCUUAGUUUUGAUUGUUUCAAUGAUAUCCAUUUGUGCUGUUGCAA